UUAACUCUUCAGGACCUGGACACAAGUUUCAGAGUUUAACAAGUGAAAUAUUAACAAUGUUUUCCGUGUCCAUGACCGUCCAGCCACAGGUGACUCUGCCUCUCAGCCACCUCCUCAACAUCCUCCAUCCUGUGAAGAGCUCCGUGGGCAGCAGCUGUAAAUCAAGACACCGCAAACAGGCCCCACACGCACACCUGCAGCACGCGCAGUCCAAGUGGAACCUACAAGAGCUCGGGUUGUCCGAUCUGAAUAAACAGCAGCUGGAUGAGUUGGGGAACCGUGUUGUAACAUGUUUGAAGCCACACGAUACCGCCCUUCCACUUGACGGUCAGACUUCAUGGAGGACCUCGUAUCUCUCCACCUCCUCAUUUUUCCACAACAAACACGGCUUCUCACCGAGUACCUUGCGCACGUCAGGCCCUGUUUUCUCAAAGCAGCAGCUUUCACCUCUUCAGACUGUUUGCACAGAGCUGAACCACUGGCCAGUGUUAAUUCAGAGCCGCAGCUUCAAAACUUUAAGGAGCAAAACACGCCGGGUACAGUCAGCCUUUGAACAUCCAGCAGACUCUGAAACCUUUCCACCCUCUUUUAUGAAGGGUUUCCUUACACGUGAUAAGGGACUAGACGUUGAAAGUCUUCACAGCCUGUUGAAGAACAAAAAUGUACCUGAAGGGCAGCAGGAAACCUUCAAUAGAGGUUUCGCUGAGGGUUUUCUUAAAGCUCAAGCCCUGACGCAGCGCACGCAAGACUCCCUGAGGAGAACUCGUCUUAUCCUGCUGGUGCUGCUUCUGCUGGGGCUCUGCGGCAUCUCCAAAAUCCCCUUCAUAUCUGUGCGCUUCCGAACCACAUCAGGCUUGGACUCAGCUGUGGACCCAGUACAGAUGAAAAAUGUGACCUUUGAGCAUGUGAAGGGGGUUGAAGAAGCUAAAAAUGAGCUGCAGGAAGUGGUGGAGUUCCUGAAGAACCCCCAGAAGUUCACAGCCUUGGGAGGAAAGCUGCCAAAAGGCGUUCUCCUCAUCGGUCCUCCUGGGACUGGAAAAACUCUACUGGCUAGAGCGGUAGCCGGAGAGGCGGACGUGCCGUUUUACUACGCGUCUGGGUCGGAGUUUGACGAGAUGUUUGUUGGAGUUGGAGCCAGUCGCAUUCGCAACCUUUUCAGAGAGGCUAAAGCCAAUGCUCCCUGUGUGAUCUUCAUCGAUGAGUUGGACAGUGUUGGUGGGAAAAGAAUAGAGUCUCCGAUGCACCCUUACUCCAGACAAACCAUCAACCAGCUCCUUGCUGAGAUGGACGGGUUUAAAACAAAUGAGGGUGUGAUCAUCAUUGGAGCAACCAACUUCCCAGAGGCUCUGGAUAAUGCCCUGAUCCGCCCCGGUCGUUUCGACAUGCAGGUGACAGUACCCAAACCAGAUGUGAAAGGACGAACGGAGAUUCUCAACUGGUACCUGAAGAAGAUUAAAGUAGACCCAGCCAUAGAGGCAAAGGUUAUAGCCCGUGGCACAGUGGGAUUCUCUGGCGCUGACCUGGAAAAUCUGGUUAACCAGGCUGCCCUGAAGGCAGCGGUUGAUGGUAAAGACAUGGUCACCAUGAAGGAGCUGGAGUUUGCAAAAGACAAGAUCCUCAUGGGCCCUGAGAGACGGAGUGCAGAAAUAGACAGUAAGAACAAACAGAUCACAGCGUAUCAUGAAUCCGGUCAUGCGAUUGUUGCCUACUACACCAAAGAUGCUAUGCCAAUCAACAAGGCUACCAUCAUGCCCAGAGGCCCCAGUCUGGGACAUGUGUCCAUGCUCCCAGAGAACGACAGGUGGAGUGAGACUUGCUCUCAGCUCUUGGCCCAGAUGGAUGUCAGUAUGGGCGGCCGUGUAGCAGAGGAAAUUAUGUUCGGCAAUGAAAACAUCACAACAGGAGCGUCCAGUGACUUUGACAGUGCCACCAGAAUUGCUCAGAUGAUGGUGACCAGAUAUGGGAUGUGUGAUAAGCUGGGUGUAAUGACGUACUCUGACAUGACUGAGCAAAGUCCACACACACAAGCUGCAGUGGAGCAUGAAGUCCGGCUCUUACUAAAGGAGUCGUACGAACGAGCCAAAGCCCUUCUCAAGUCUCACGCCAAAGAGCACAAAACGCUGGCCGACGCCCUGCUUCUGUACGAGACUCUGGACGCCAAAGAGAUUCAGCUGGUCCUGGAGGGAAAACCCCUGGAGAGCAGAUGAAGUCAGCAGGGACGGGUGGGGCCGAGGGCGGGGGUGAAAAGACCCAGGGCCAGGUCUAAAUGUUUAUGGCAGCAGGGACUCAUCAAUAUGUCCCUGAUUAGUGGUGUUGGUAUGU